AUGUCUAUCUCAUCGGAAGAAGAUAUCACCGUGAAGACCAAGCGAGAAUUGAGUCCUUCUUCCUGCCAUGUGGACUCCAACGGUCGUGAAGUUUCGUCAAGUGUGAGCGGUUUUUCUCGUUCAUCUUCGAAUACGGAAUUCAAUGACAUGACUAGAUUUGAACAUCCUAACGGUGCUGUUCCGACAAUAAAUGGUACAGUAGCAGCAGGAGAAGAUAAGGAAAAUACGAUGAACAGCGAGCUUGAAAAAACUGAUCUAGCUGACCAAAUGAAUUCUUUGCAUUGCUCAUCUGCACUGACCGAAGAGGAAUUCGAAGAUGAAGUUGAAGAAGUCGAUAUGGAUCUUUAUGCUGCUCUUGGGUUCACACCGGCUCAAAUCGAUCGACUGAAAAAUGCCCCGCUAUGGGCUCCGCUUCCAAAAAAAGCUGUCGCCCCCACAGACGAAGAGGAAGAUGCAGAUUCCGAGGAAAGCUCCGAAGAAGGCGAUGAAAAAGAGCCAACGGAUCCAAAUGAAAGGUCGUGGGAAGUGGCUGUUAUAUUACGGCCGCACAUGGUCAAAUAUCAGGACGGAUCAAAAGAAAAAGAAUAUGUAGUUAUUUGGAAAGACUGGCCAUGGAAUGACUGCUGGAGUUUGGCUCCUGAUUGCUUCGAUGACGCUGACAAAAAGUUGACAGCAGCAGACACAAGGGAGCGCCUGAUCUCACAAAUGGCUGCUCGUAUGCAGCAGAAGGAUCCAAAAGCUUUCGAGCAGGCUUUUCCUAAAUUCCAUAGGCGUCAUGAUUAUACGAGUUGGCAUCGCGUGCAUCUUCGAAUGAUCGAACAGUCAAUUAAUGACGAGCUGGAGGAGCUUGGAAUUGCUCCAAUUUACUUCGAAAAUUGGACAGAUGACGAACGUGCUACCAUCGAUGUGAAAUACCUGACCAGAUGUGCAAUGUCGAUCUCCAACUAUCGUGAGGCCAAAGCAAUAGGUAUUGCUCUCCGUUUGCAGUAUCCAGAGGACGGCGCCGGUUGUGACUGUAAAGACGGCCAGUGCACUCCGUUCUGUCCAUGUGUUAAGAUAAUGGGUCGAGAUCAAAUACGCAUGCGUAGCACUGGUAAAGUCGAUGUCGAUAAGCUUGCGGAAGCAAUCUCUGUCGAAUGCGGAACCACCUGUUCAUGUGAUUCGAACUGCCCGAGUAGAUACGCGGAGCGUGGUAGAAAGGUACCAUUGGUGGUGAUGUAUACGACCACGAAGGGUUGGAGUGUUUUUGCGCCACAAAUCAUCCCGGCUGGAACAUUCCUUGGGACAUAUACAGGCGAGAUCAUACCACUGUGCUCUGCCAUUGCUCAAGGAGUGUCUACCAGUUAUCAAUUUACAAAUAUUCAUCAAAUACCUGGCACAAAGCAGUAUGUCGUUGAUGCAUCACGUAUGGGAAAUGAAACGCGAUACUUCAAUCACGCCUGUGGUGACGCUGCUAAUCUCAAGGCUGUAUCGCUUUUGUCUCGCGGCAAUCUGCUCACUAACAACAUGCUUUUCUUCACAAAACGAACGAUCUCUAAAGGUGAAGAACUCACCUUCUCAUAUCGUGGUAAGGAUGCUGAAGAACAAAAGAAUGGCAUUCGGUGCUUAUGCACACCUGGCUGUCAAAGUCGGUUAUGA